UUCCCCGGAAGCGGCUCUUGAGUGGUUCGCCGAGCGUAAACAGUGUAAGACGUUCGAGGAUCUAGCAGGUAUCUGUAGAACGGAGCUAUUAUCCGUGUCACGCUGUUGUCUGUUUCAGCUCGGUUUCAAGAUAGUGUGACUCGGAGCGAGACAACGUGACAAGGUUGAGUGAGUCGGACGUGACUGAGCGUGACAGCGGAAGUUGUAUCGGACUGUGGUAGAAAGAUGGGUGAAGGCACUAGUUGUGUUGUUCUCAUCAUUGGGGCGGUGGUAGGCAUUGCCGUCCUUCUGGUCGUCAUCCUCGUCCCAAUGAGUUUCUCCGACCUGGAGUACUAUGAGAUGGCCUUUGUGAGGAGGAAGAGUACCGGAGCUGUUGACACAUCACGGGUCUAUACGGGAGGCAAGUACUUGAUAGGACCGGACUUUGAGUUCAAGAAAUACGAAGGGUCGGCUCACUACGUCUUCUUGAAUGAUGUUGCUGUGUUCACAUCGGACAAGUUGGAGGUGCGUAUGGACGUGUCCUUCCAGUACUUCCUGCGUCCGGAGGACCUGAAGCUGCUGCAUAGCCAGUACGACAUCUCCUACGCGGCCGUGAUGCGCACCAGCGCCGUGGAUGCUCUCAAGGGAGAGGCUCCGACGUUCACCACUCGACAGUAUGUGUCGGACCGUGCUGCUGUAGAGUCGGCCAUGUUUAAAGGUGUGAGAGAGAGGCUGGGAGGCAAAUGCUGUGCUAAAAACUGUAAAAGUUUCAAGUUUGCAUGUCCGCCAGGCUGCAAGGAAGUGAGACUGUGCACCACAGCGGACAAGGGACUGUUUGUUGACGUCAAGUUCUUCCAGAUGGGUCAGGUGCAGAUACCCAACGAUGUGAAGGACCGAUUCCUCCGAGCUCUCACACUCCAGGAGGAUGCUCUCCGAGAACAGCUACUGCAGGAUGCCCAGAUCGUCCGUAAACAGACAGAUGCAGAGGUUCGCCAAAUCAAGAAUGAAGGAAAGGAAAUCAACGCCAACGCGACAGCGCAGUCAUCAACCAUCGCCACACUGGCCAGAGCGAACUACACACUGGCUGUUGAAACCGCUAGAAGUCAAGGACUAAAAAAGCUGUACAAUAAACUUGGCAUCAACGAGCAACAGUUUAAAAACAGCUUCGACUAUCUCCGCACACUGCGUGGUAUGGACCAUGUGCAUUUCACUGUGGACUUCCAGCAAAGGAUUGUGGGAAAUAUCGGAAGCGCUUGAUAAGGAGUUCACCAUCAACAGAAGAAUCAUUAUGUCAUUAACUUUCGGAUGAUCCGCUGACUCUCAGGGCCUAGACUGUGUAGGUUAAAGGUAGAUUAUUUACGUCCCACUGAAGGAUGUCACUCAGCUCUGUCCAGAGACAUGGUAAUUGACACAACAGUUUGUGGAACAUGCUUACGACAGUGUGUUCAAACAUGGAAUGAUUCGUGACCUAAAGUCUCGUUGAAUCGUUUUUAAGAAAGCACCAUACAACAAAUAAUUAGGAACUAAGAAACUAAGUAUUCUGAAAAACGAGAAAUUACAACUUGUUGUCAGAACACGUCCUCACUUGCUGUGGACCUCCAUAAGUUCUGCCAGAGAGCCAGUCGACAUGGGUCUCCGUGAUGAGGACAAUAGUCUUUCAAUGUUUACUCCUGCCUUGCUAGCACUUGGUUGCAAGAAGGGCAUGUUUUGUAAGUAAAAUUGGGUCACCAAUAUAUUUUAUAGACAUACUUCUUAAUGUAAGUCAGUCCCAGUUUGUCUUUGUUUUAUCUGUGUUGGUUUUGUUGUAUGGCCAUUGUAACUUACUCAGAAAACAAAUAUUGAUAAUAACAAUAGUUGGGGUCAAAGGGUGUUCCACAAAGUGGUAUCUGUGACUAAGUCUAUGUAAAUACAAUAAAACGUUGUUAGUUCACACCCCCACCUUCCAGACAAGUACUGCUGAGAACGAUUAUAUGUAGACAAAGUGACAAAUACGAUUUUUUAAUCUGAAAAUUUGAUUAUCGGGACGAUUUCACAGGAAAUGCUACACUGUAUAAGACUAACAAUAUGAGCAGGUGUAGGUUGUCCACACAUGUAGCAUGUUGAUGUCAAUGCAUAGCUGAAAUAUUGCUGAGUGCGGUGUAAAACAACAAACCAAGUCAAUGCAUAGGCCCGUGCAUUGUAGAGUUAUGUCUCUUAGAACUCAGAAUAUGUGUGGGGUUUCUCUGAGAUCUUCAAAUAAUUAGAACUAUGUAACAAAAUCAUGUGGUUAAGAAAUAUCUUUUGCUUACUUUUGGUGGGUUGUCUUUAAAAAAUAUGUUAAUUAUGGUUAUGUGUGCUUUCCACUUGUUACUUAAGUGUUCGUAAAAUUGUGAAAUGAUUUUCGGGAAUUGAGAUUUUUCACUUGGUGGGAAUGUCUUUUGAUACACCACAGACAUUGUGCCUUCUGGGGGAUUAUUUGGAAUAUUGGUUAUAGCCUAUCAUUGAAACUGUAGCCCUUUCACAUGACACUGACGAUGUGCUACCAUCUGAAUCAUGGAUGUUAGCACUUGCCCUCUCCCCAAGCUGAUUGGCCCACUGACCCUAUGCCAUCAGAAUCACAGACCUAAGCACUAGCCCUCUCCCUAAGCCGAUUGGCCCACUCACCCUGUGCCAUCUGAAUCAUGGAUGUUAGCACUUGCCCUCUCCCCAAGCCGAUUGGCCCACUGACCCUGUGCCAUCAGAAUCAUGGAUGUUAGCACAAGGCCUCUCCCCAAACCGAUUGGCCCACUGACCCUGUGCCAUCAGAAUCAUGGACCUAAGCACUAGCCCUCUCCCCAAGCCAAUUGGCCACUGACCCUGUGCCAUCAGAAUCACAGACCUAAGCACAAGCCCUCUCCCCAAGCCAAUUGGCCACUGACCCUGUGCCAUCAGAAUGACAGACCUAAACACUAGCCCUCUCCCCAAGCCAAUUGGCCACUGACCCUGUGCCAUCAGAAUCACAGACAUUAGAACAAGCACUUGCCCUCUCCCCAAGCCAAUUGGCCACUGACCCUGUGCCAUCUGAAUCAUUAGACAUUAGAACAAGCACUAGCCCUCUCCCCAAGCCAAUUGGCCCACUGACCCUGUGCCAUCUGAAUCAUGGACGUUAGCACAAGGCCUCUCCCCAAGCCAAUUGGCCCACUGACCCUGUGCCAUUAGAAUCAUUAGACAUUAGAACAAGCACUAGCCCUCUCACACAAGCCAUUUGGCACAAUCUUAACAGUGUUGAGUGUUUUGCAUUGGCCUUUUUUGCAAGUUAAUUUCUUUCCGUUCUAUUUGUGUUGUUGUAGGCCUUAGAACAUUUAUCGCAUGUUAGUAUAUUGGUAAUUGUUUGACUGUGUGUAAUUUCUACGGCAUAUGAAGAGUAGCAUUAUUCAGGAGCCAGUCAGAUUUUAAUAAGCUUUUGCUUGAACAAGACCUGGCUGUUAGACCUGAGACAAGACCUGGCUGUUAGAUACUACACCCUCACCCUCACCCACCCCGACAACCCCGAGAUGUAUUGUUUUUAGUCAAGUCAUUGUAAAUCAGGCAUGAUCACUUUGUGUGUUAUGACUGACAAUUAUCAUAUGUCCAUUCUAUUGGACCUAUAUUGUGUGAGGAAUUUUAUCCAACAGACAAUUGUUUUAAUGUUGAAUAAUAAUGUCACCACCUUUACUUCACUGUUAUUAUGUUUAAAUGUUUAUUUUCUUUGUUUACCCACUCACCAUGACUUUCAGUCUCUUUCUACCGUAUACAUGAUGCCAUGGACUAGGACAUGGGACGAUGGAUGUAUUGUGCAGUGUAUUUUCACUGAAUCUUUAUAUUAGACUGGUCUGUAGAUAUUUCAUAAAUAGUUGCUGUUUAUAAUUGUCAGUUUGGUCUUAGUUUAUUACUGUGUAUGUUAAUCACAAUUUGAGUUCAUUGUGAGGUUGACCUCGCCACAUAUGCACCAAGGGGUUAAGUCCCUGUCCAGCCUUCAAAUGCAACAUAUUGUUUCAUGUUAUGUUUUGUCUGUUUAUAUUCAGAAAGUCAAUGUACAAGUGUCACUCAGUCAAAAUAUGUCCCAUUUUCUAAGCUUUUAUGUUUUGGUAUCCUUUUGCAAAACAACGAAACAUGUCACACAAAGCUGUUGUUUAAUAUUAUGACAAAUGUCAAUUAGUAUUUAAGUUCCACAUAUAUAAUAUUUAGUUGUUUUCUAUAAAAUGAAACAGGCCUGUAGAACCUUGCGUACAAGAACAUUCUGAAACUUGUUUUCAUUGUGAGAAAGGGACCAGAGUUGUCUCCCUUGUGAUAAAGGGACUGAAGCUCCUCACAGCAAUAGCCUGUUCGUGGAGCUCUCUGUACUAUCGCUGCCACCAGUCAAAACUCCCCACUGUUGGCUACAGCCAUGCUUGGUGUUGAACUCGCAGCCCACUGACUGUAUGUUUUCAAACAGGUGAUGACUGCCAUGAUGUCGAAUACUUACCCCAGCUAAAUUAUUUUCUUUGUUUGUCAGUUUGAAUUUCUAUUUCAUUUCAACUAUCAUGUAAUUGGUAAAGUAAGAAUGUAAGGGGGGAGUAGGCUGAUUUUCCGUUCGUCUGCAACCUCAAACCGAUUAAACAAACAAAAAAGGUAUAUUCAUUUGGCAAAUCUGGUCCGUCAUAAACCUUUUCAAAAUUGACUAUGAUGGCACUCCCAAAGACAUAAACAAAGGUAUAAUUGUUCAUACAUUUGGGGUUUGAGGGCAAGAUUCAAGAUUCGUGUAAUGGCUACAUCAACACUGAUGGCAGCGAUGUUACCGAGAGUGUAACGGAGAUGUCGCUCGCUGAGGAGCUUGAAAGGGACUAACUAGCCAGAGUUGUCUCCCAUCAUUUGUUUCACAUCAGAAUGAAGGACAGCUGUUGUCUGAACUUUUGUUAUGAGCUGUAAGACUAAUGUAUGUUGUAUGAAAAGGUAGAUGGAUUUGUUGCCUAAAUGAAGGAUGAGGGACACUAAUCUAUGCUGUUUAGCAGACUUGCAGCUCUCUCAGAGAUGAUAUGGCAGAGUGAGCAUGGGAACCGUCUCCACAUGGUCCACCGUCUCUCGAAACUAUCAAGUUACAUUUUGACUAACCUGGACAUUGCUUCUGUGAAAGAUGCAACAAUUAUCUUCAUUCAGUUUUGUGCUAAAUCAUUAUGGUUCCCAAGAUGAGAAUACUAAGAAUUGGUAGCAGAGCCCUACAGGGUAGUGCUUCCCAAACAAGGUAGCAGGCCAGUUCCUUCACCAUCCUUUGCGCCAUCACAGCUUCUAGUGGGAUAUAUGUUGGUCAUGGGAGGAAUUUGACAGAGAUAUUUCCCAAUACACAUGUAGAUAUUUGUCAACAAUAGCAGAUUGUAAAGCUAUGAGGAUGAGGAAUAUAUAGAUAUUUGUAUACAUUCACUGUGUAGUUGAUGAUGCCACAGGAACAGGUGUAUAGUUCAUGCAGUUGCUAAAUGUAUUUGUUCCCCGGCAGAGCUCGAGGCCAGGAAUGCAGGUAGAUUCUGUGCCUUGCGACUAGAUGUGGUUAGUUACCCAGGUGCAGGUUGCCAUUGUUUCAGUCUGGCUAGAUAUAUGUUUGUACUGACAGGAGAAAGACACUGCUUGCUUUGCUAGCAUGAAUAUAACACAAUUCAUGCAUCGACACAACUCAAUAUAUGAAUAUAUAGAGGAUAUUUGUCUUUUCAACAUGUUGACCUUAUCUGGUGACAGGACAAGGUAAUAAUGUCAUGAGUGGUGCAGCUGGUUUGAGGUGUCAACAUUCCAGGUCAUGUUACAAGAUGACUAGAAAGACCCAUGCUUAUUAUUGUGUAUUUUCUUGCAUGAUUUUCUAGUCCUUACUCUCAACUAUGGUGUCAUUGAGACAGACUGGCAUAGUUCCAGCAGAAAGGGAUAUUUCACUUGAGGAAAAUGUUGAUUUGAUAUUUGGGGAUAAAUACAGUAUUUCAUUACUAAACACAUAAUAAGACACAAUUCAUGAAUGUGAGCCAUUUCAUGAAUUGAACAAAAUUCAUGAGUGUAACAGUUCAUGACUAUAUCCCAUUUCAUCUAUUUAACUGAUAUGACAAAAUUCAUGACUGUAACAACUCAUAAAAUAAAGUCCAUCAUUGCUACAGAACCACAUGGACAAAGCUGAGUGUCCCUUCUUACUGGGAUGGGACGGAUACUGCUGACUACAGCAUUAAACCUUCUCUCGUUUGUUUGGCCCCUAUUAUGUUUUUGUGUUACUCUUUCCCUCCACUAAGAAGUGUAAUCCCUCCAUAGUAACAGAAACUUGCUCAAUAUCUUUUACAUAAUUCUUACGUGGGAGUGGAUGUUGCAAUGUUUCCAAGCACCUGUAACGUGUCCUAGGGAUGUGUGAUUGUGUAGCAGUGUUUGUGACCAGUAGAUAUGAUUGUUAUCACUUGGGCAGCAGUGUUUGUGACCAGUAAUCAGUUGGAUGGGAUGCUUGUGACCAGAAUAAUAUGAUUGUUAUUGCUUUCAUAGAAUUUUUUCUAACCAGUAUAAUACGGUUGUUAAUGCCUUGGUAGAUACGGUUUAGAGGUUCUUGAGCUUGAAGCUUGUCCCUCUUGGAAUAAAUAUUCUGUUCCUGCUUAAGGAUAUUUGAUGAGCUCAGGAUGGAUUUGAUGGACAGUGUUACAGGAAGUCACUGCUGUAUGUGGUAGAACAGGAAACACAUCAUUUUCAUAAUAGGCACCAGUGCUCACAUUGAAGUCAAUUUUAUUGGUCAAGUAACCACAAUGUGUUUCUCACAGUUGUCUGUAUCGCCGGUCUGUGCCAAACAGGGCACCUAAGGAAAAAUCACUUUAUUGGUCAGGAGCUCAAAAACUUGGUUACCCUUAGGGGAUUGUGUGUCAAGAUGAGAAUAUUGUGAGGCAAGUACCAACCUAGCCAACAUGACUUGGAUCACACCAUCGCCCACCUGUUGCAGGCAAGCCACAUGCUGCUUCCGUGCAGGCUAAACAUUCAACACAAACCUAUGUUCAAUCAGGAAUGAUGUUACCAUGGUUACCGGGAAGCAAGUAGCAGGUUGCUAUGAGACGUGUUUUCGUUUGAAUGAUUGUAUUUGGAUUGAUGUGUUAUUUCUUCAUAUUGAAUAGCAAACAAACUUGUGAUAUAUAUUGUGAGUCAUUUAGCAAACUGCACGCUUUUUUCUGUUAUGUUUGUAAGAAUGGUCUGCGGUAUAUCUGUACCACUCAAAAGCCAGAACUGAAUUCAAAAUUCUAACCCUGGCCUACAAAUGCUAGUUGGAAACAGACCCAUUAUAUCUUACCGAACUACUGCCUAAAUACAAGCCUUCCAGAUCUCUCCGUUCUCAGAAUAACCACCUGUUACAACAAGUCCCAGAAACCCAUCACUAAACCUUUGGUCAGAGAUCUUUCCAGUUCCGCGCUUCCUCGCUAUGCAACAAACUACCAUCUGAUCUUAAGCUGUCGCCAUCGUUUGCAUCCUUUAAGCCUCAUCUGAAAACAUACCUUUUCAGACAACACUAUUCAAUCUAGCUCUACUCACCUUUGAUCAGCAUUAUUUGCUAAAACUAUGUAGCACCAUGAGCAUUAACUUUGUGAAUGUAAUCUGGCGCAGUAUAAAUGGACUUAUUAUUGUUAUUAUUAUCAUCUGUAUGUCCGUGCAUGUCAGUACAAGCAGCAUGUUAGGAUUCAUCUCUGUAAAGCGUUUUUCUUUAAUUUGGAAAAAAACGUUUUCUUGAUUCUCAAAACCUUAUUUUGAUUAAUAAGAUGUAUUUUGGAGAAAUUUUGUACACAUGUAUUUCUUGUUUUUACUUAAAAUGUUAGUUUAAUAAAUGAAAUGUAUUUUGAAGAAUUUUUGUAUACAUGUAUUUUAAGAAGCUAAAAGAUCUACAUUUAUCUGUUGUUGAUUCAUCUCUCAGUAUCAGCAACUUGAAAGUGAUAACUGAUCAUUAAAAAAAGAUUUGUUAUAGUAAAUAUAUCCUGUUUGGCAUAAUAAAUAUAUAUCGUUUACAAGGAUAUGAUUGUAUAGUCUUAUCUGCCUGUCUUUUUAAAUAAACUUGUCAUAAUA